AUGGCCUUGGUCGGUGCGAAGCUGCCGGGGGCAAGAAAGGUUGUUGCCGGAAUCCUCCUCCUUUCGAUGGUCGUGCUCAGCAAGCAUCAGGGUUUUGCCAGCCCAGCCCGCAUGGCGAGAAGCAACCAGCUGCCGGACGACAUGCGGCCCGCGAACGCCAACCUGCGGGAUCUUGCAGAGACUGCUUAUGCAGAGCUCAUCAACAGCAAGAAGGUAGAUUUAUGUUCAGAACUGGUGCCAGCCAUCGCCAAGGAAGAUCCCGUGCUGGGUGCUGUUUGGCUGCAUGAGAUUCGUCUGCUGAAAGCAUCGCCGUCAGCGAGUUGCUACGAGGAUUCUGCCUCCUGGCUCGUGCCGAGUCGCGCGCCUUUUCUGUGUGAUGAGGCCGUGAUCGAAAGCGAAAGCCGCGAAGGCUUAGCCACGCAAGCAUCCGCCGCGUUGGACGAGACGAACACCGUGUCCGCGGGCGCUUAUUGCAAUGUGAUUGAGGCUCUUGCUCGAUGUGGAGAUGUGGAUGCAGUUCGGACGUGCCUAGCUGGAAUGAAAACUUCCGGCAUCAAUUUCGACAGGCACCUUCCGAAGGCCAUUGAGGCUUUCGCCAAACAUGGCGACAGCUCUUUGACAAAGCAGCUGCUUGACGAAGCAAUCCAUUCAGGAGCCAGCAUUGACGCUCACACGUUCACUGCAGCCAUCAGCGUCUUUGCCAAGGAAGGAAACUUCGCACAAGCUGAGGAGGUCUUCGAACUUAUGCAAAACCACAGUGUUGCUCCAGAUGCUGAUGCUUGGGCAUGGCUUCUGCUGGCAAGCGCGACAGACACACGAAUGCGGAGGCAGACCAAUCCAGAGCAAAUCUUCCGCGGCAUGCUGGAUCAUGGUGUGGUUCCUACCACCUUCAACUUCCGCGCCCUGGGCCGUGCUAUCGGGACUCAAAGGAGCGUGCAGCUUUGCAAAGAGCUCGGCCUCGCAAGCCGCUUUGCUGGCCGAGUGCUGAAGGGUCCUGCCACACCUUCUGGGCAUCCAGAUGGACUGCGUCCCGGGAGUCGCCCUGCCACGAGCCCUGCCACGGCAGCGUGCAACAGCCGAGCACUACAGACCCCAGGCUCGGCACACUCCGAUUUCACCUUGGUGAACACGCCGCGAGAAGUGGCCAUUCGCUCCAGAUGCUUGAUGCAGCGGAGUCCUGCUGGGUCACGGAGGGUAGUGCUCCCCCGUGAGCUUGUUCCAGUAGGCGGGCGGGUGGAACACGACAACAGCGGUGAAGCUUGCACGAGCAAGUCAAGGUGUGUACGGGCCACUCUGUUUGUGGGCGACGGGUUGCAGACGGUGCCCGUGGAAUUGGUCUCGGCUCAGCGUGUGCAAAAGCGGCAAGUGACUGGUCGAGCAGGUGCUGGGCCACCCGUCGCAGAGAAGGAUAUUUUGCGCCAUGAUGUGCCACUUCUGACACCUGAGCUGCGAGGGGAUCUCAAGCAAAAGUUGGACAGUUUGGUCUCAGUCUGCCGGACAGACUUCAGGGCGCACCCUCGUAGCGUUCGCUUCUUCCUAAGAGAGCUCUGGGAGGUGUGCCAACUGCUCAAAAUUCCUCUUGCUCCUCGCCCUUACAGGAGAAAUCUUGCCAGCCCACUGUACCAGUUCGUUCUGAACAUUCCUAGUUGGCCUCCUGCUGAUCUAGCUCCAUCCAGUGCUGAAUUGUCGGAGGAUUCCUUCAUCACGUUAACGGUCAUGUUGGCGUUGGACUCCAUCCCCUGGGAGUUCAAGUUUAAUAUGACGACGUAUCGCCUGUGCAACUGCUCGACUGCUUUUGGGUCACAUCGCUGCUUGCUGCCUACCGGCAGGCUUAGGCCAUCUGAAUUUGCAACGCCUUCUCGUUCUCUGUCACGAUCUGGUCCCCGCCAGCGACGCGCAUCGCAUGUGUUGGCUAGCGAUCAGAUUGCAGGUGAGCCUGCAAAUGCAGUUGGCAACGCGCGUGCCGGCCUUUUGCAGAAGCAGGAGAGACAUCUGUCAACACGACUGCUGGAUGUUUCAGCGGCGCUGCGGGUAAGAUUCUUGGAGUUUGUGCAGCAGGUUCCGAUCUUCCUCGAAGACCUUCUGAAGUGCACCAUUGAGAAGCCGGUGGCUGAACAGCUCGCACACCAACGGUCACUUUGGGAGAGGUGGGCAAAUCUCGUGAUUUCAGAGAUCACCGCCUUCGACAAGAGCUACACGCAAUUCGAACGGCUGUAUAUGACCAUCGUUGAACAGCUCAUGGAGACAACUCUCGAACCCUUGCGAAGUAUGGCCAACACGUGCGAUUCGCUGCUCAGCACAUCUGGAGAUCCGUUCCGUGAGGUUCAAGCCGCGUCACUAUGUCAGCGUCUGGGCCUCCUCAAGCAAAAUGUCGACUUCGGAGGCAGCAACCAAGUUGUGCACUUCGACUCCAACUUGUUGGAAAAGGCGCAUCGAGUUCUCCAAAUGGAAACGUAUGGAGAGGUGCAAGAGAUGGCACGGACACUGCUCCAGGACUUCGAGUCAUUGUGCAAGGUCUUGCUGCACCUGAAUGACAAUCAAGUCAAGCCUGAGCUCAAGGAGAAUGCAGAGCUGACCUCGGCAAUCUUGAGACUUGAGCAGGUGUGGGCUGACUGCCAGUUCAUCCUUCAUCAGGGCUGCCUGGACUUUAUUGAGGUCUUGGAGCGGGAAGUCUUGCCACAGCUCAGUCCACUGCUGCUGUGGCAGAUUGGCAUAGCCCUGGGCUUCUCGGAAGGAAGGAACUUGGACUCCGACGUCACCCAAGCGGACAUCAAGGCGGCGAAGGUUGCGCUGUACCAAACAGUGCCAAUGAUGGUCUACGUGGAGGAACUAUGGCGGGACGCCAACCCGGAAGAAUCGAGCCGGAAGCUGCGCUUCGUGGAGCUCUGCUGCCCUCAGGACGACCGACACCACACUUUGAGGCGGGACUUCGGGAAGUUUGACGAGAAGAGGUUCAAUGAAUUCCGGACUUUCAUCACCGAAGAUGAACAGAAUCGCGGUGGUGCGAACCGUCAGACUGAUUUUUUCCGCUUGGUGUACCGACAAUUGAAGGCAGUGGCUGCAUUUCCGGUCCAGGACAACUUUGCGGCUGCGAUGCUGGCAGCAUCAAGAGCGCAGGAGAAUCUGAAGCAACCUGGUCUCAGCGAUCAAGAUGUUGCAGUCGUCCAGCGUGAGCAAGAGCUGCUGGAGGGCGGGGCUCGGUGGAUCUGCCUCAUGCUCAAGGUCCAGGCCGUGGCUCCUGGCUUGUUCCCCCCGAAGCGGCCGCCCGAGAAGUCAGACAAGGACCGUCCUCGGCCUAGUAAAGGACGCCGCACGUCCUCGGCAACCUACCUGGCGGGCGGCAGGCGUGGCUCGAAUGUCAAUGCCUGGGAGGCGCUGGAUGCAGUAAAGGCUGCCCUUGCCAGCGCAUGUGUUGCAGAGCUUGUCAGCAACAUCUUGCAGACUUCUCGCUUACCGGCGGUGCUGCAGCCGAUAACGGAUUUGCAGAUUGCAGCCUCCAUCACAUCAGCUCCGGGACCACAAAAUCAGAAUCCGGAACUGAUUCCCAGCCGGUAUGAGGAUCGCUGUACCUUGCUGGAUUCCGAAUGGGCCUCCGAGCACUUGCGCUGGAUGAUUCAGAAAGAUGCCCUUGGCCAAGACAUGUUUCUGCUUGGCCCUCACUCACCACUACGUCGCUGGUUGGCAUACCGGUUCUGUGAGAUUGCAGGAAGCAACGAAACAAACACAUUCUGGGGCUGUUCCACCAAGCCUCCCGAGCAGGGCCGGCCUCUAGCAAAGGUUUUGCGUGAUGAGUGCGACCUAACCGGGCAUUCGGGUGAUCUGCCCUGGCGCACGCCAGGCCGAGAGUGCGAGUUCUUGGCGCUGACGGCAGACACAUCAGAAGUGGACCUGAAGAUGCGACGCGAGCUUCGCAUGAGCGGGAGCGAGAAUAAAGACAACCACGGCCAGGCCCUGUCUGUGGUUUGGUUUGAUCAGGCCAUCGUGAGAGCAGCUUUGCGUGGUCGAGUGCUGAUCAUUGAAGGCCUGGAGAAAGCGGAGCGCAAUGUGAUGCCUGUGAUCAACAACCUUUUGGAAAACCGAGAGAUGCAACUGGAAGAUGGCCGUUUCCUUGUGGCACCCCAGCGGUACGAUAAUCUGAUCGCUGACCGAGACCGGCUACAGCAGCUAAAGCUUGUUCGUGUGCACGACAACUUUCGAGUCAUUGCGCUUGGCGUUCCUUCGCCACCCUUCCCUGGCAACCCCUUGGACCCUCCUCUGCGAUCACGUUUUCAAGCUCGCUAUGUUGAUCGGGUUCCUGUCGAGAUGCUCCUGCCACAACUGCAGACCCAUCAUGCUCGGACUGUUUCAACCGAGUCGCUCGAAGAGUUGUUGAGUUUCCACGCUGGCCUAUGGGAGCUCAUGCAGCUGCGAGGUCAAACCUCCGGCAUGGACGGACGGAACUUGACCUUCGGUUCGCCGUGUUUCCCCUGCGAGGAGUCCUUGAUUUCCGCUGCUCAGCUGCUCGAGCAUGCGCCGUGGCUGUCAGUCCACCAUGUGAUCAACACAAUUUUCCCUUUUGGCAAGGGAAGCGGGCUGCUGACAGCAGAAUCCGCAGAGUUGGUAGCCGGCAUCCUGCCACGCCUGCCACGGGAGGGUAAAGAAGGAGCCGACUCGGUGGACUCCGAGAGAGAAUCCAUAGAAUCCGCUAGGCCGGUGCCAGUUCUGGAGGAAGUCUUGCAGGACUCGGAGGCCGAAGCAUACCUCCAAAUCCGCGUUGGCACAGCUUCGGAUGCUGUCAAAAUGAUUCGCUGCCAAAGGCCCAACAAUCCGAACAAUGUACAGCCCAUGGGACCCUUGCUGGACAAGCUGGCAGGCCACCAGCGCCACAUUCUGACAGGAAUGCUGCUGUCGGCGUCUGUUGGCCGAGACGUCUGCCUCAUCGGCCCAAGAGGAGAAGGCAAAACAGUUAUUGCAAAGCACUUUGGCCUAUGUUUAGGAUACUCCCGUUUGGAAACGCUAUUUCUGCAUGAGGAGAUGACCGCUCGGGACUUGUUCCAACGCAGGGCCACAAACAGACAAGGGGAGAGUACCUGGGAGCCAUCUCCCCUUCUCCAAGCGAUGCACUCUGGUGGCCUUUGUGUCCUUGAUGGCCUACAACAGCUGCGCCCAGGAAGCCUGGCAUCCCUGGCUCAGGUGAUUCAAGACCGGGAGGUUACUCUGUAUGACGGCACUCGCUUUGUGGCACCAUGGCGAUGGAAGCUUCUCAUGAGAUCAUUGGGUUUGACUGCGGAGGAGUUGUCCAGCCGAGGGUUGCGCUGCACACACCCAACUUUCCGCAUCAUGGCUGUGGCGACGCCCAAUGAUGCGCGUAGUCGGAGCUGGUUGACAAAUGAGGUCCUACAGCUUUUUCAUUUCUUCACUCUGCCUCUCCAGCCAGAUCUGCAGUCCCUUGUUGCAGCUGCUGUGCCCCGCUGCCCAGACCCAGUGGUUCGAUCGCUUCUGCGUGUGCGCCAGCUUCUCUAUGAGGCCGCGCAGGACUCCAGCUCAUCCCUCUGGACCGGCAACAGGGGUGAUGCCGGAAAUCCUCACGUGAUGCUCUCCCUGCGUGGAAUCCUGCGUGCCGCAAGAACUGCAGCGGCUGCAAGUCUGAGCGAAGUUGCAUCAGAAAUUGGCGCGUUCUUGCAGUCAGCACUCAUGACAGACUUCAUGCCUUCAGCUGAGAGCGGGGCUGUUUUGUCCAUUCUGAAAGCAGCCGGAUUUGCAAUUGAGGCGAAAAGCGCACGGUUGCUUGAUGCAACCGGCAUGGCCAUUGAACCUCCAGAUCUAAAAGAUUCAGACCCAGAAUUGCGGAUAGGUUCUGUAGUUUGCCGAGUUCGGGCUCCGCAGGAAAAAGCCCUGGUCCCUGAGACCAAGUUCUUCCACAAUCCGCAGCAAACACUGGCCCUGCACGAUAUGCUUCGCGAUAUUGUCACCGGAGAGCCCUUGCUCUUGAUGGGCAACCAGGGCGUCGGCAAGAACAAGCUUAUCGACAAGAUGCUCAUGCUCUUGCAUCGUGAGCGUGAAUAUAUCCAGCUUCACCGUGACACAACCGUGGGUUCGCUCACUCUGGUUCCAAGCUUGCGUGAUGGUCUUCUCUGCUAUGAGGAUUCUCCCUUGGUCAAGGCCAUGGUUCACGGUCGCGUUCUUGUGAUAGACGAGUUUGACAAGGCUCCGACUGAAGUGGUGCUAACCCUCAAGGGGCUGUUGCAAGAUGGUGAGAUUUUGCUGGCAGAUGGGCGACGAUUUGUGCGACAUGAGCUUAUCACUUGUGAUUCCAGCAGCACACCAAUUCAUGAAGCAUUUCUGGUCGUGGCAUUGGCAAACCGGCCUGGAUUCCCCUUUUUGGGCAACGACUUUUUUCGUGAGAUGGGGGACUGCUUCGCCUGUCAUGCUGUCCAAAACCCAGACCAGGUGUCAGAGGUUGCCAUGCUUCAGUCCUAUGCUCCAGAAGUCUCGGUUGAGCUGUUGAAGCUGCUGUCGGCAUGCUUUAGUGAGUUGCGGCAGCUGGUGGAGGCAGGAAAGCUUUCGUAUCCAUACUCUACACGUGAGUUGGUGAAUCUUGUGCGCCAUUUAGCAGCUUACCCGGAUGACUCCAUUGACUACGUCAUGGAAAACGUUUUCGCUUUUGACACCUUGGAUCCACAACUCCGCAAGACGGUUUUUGACAUAUUCCGACGUCAUGGCCUUCCCUUGGAGUCCGACACAGAUCAACAGUCGUCUGGGCAGCGCAUGCAUCGCACGCGGCUUGCUGCGGCCUUGCAGUUAGGCCCACCAGAUAAGGUUGCCACCCUUCAGCGCUUCCCCGGUGACCAGGCCCAGCAAGUGAAGCUGGAAACCUGCCUGCUUCAACGCCAUUGGCGGGCAGGCGACUGGCAUCCCUUCAGAAGCAGUUCAUCUCGGUCGAGAGUAUUCUCAGAAGAGGAUCGCUGGUGGUCAAUGGGCUUCGUCACGAAGGAUGGUGUCGUGAUCAAGGGCCGCUGUGCUGGCAAAGUUUUUUACCUUGUGGCACAGUUCCUUGUUUUGUCCAUAGCUUGUCUUCGCUAUCAGACAGACCCACAGAACCUGGCUCAAAAGGAGGCCACCAACAACCAACGAGACCUGACAAACUCAGACCCGGCCAUUGACAUGCAGGGUAUGCUCUCCGCCAUGCAACACAGAAUAGCGCCCAACAUGAUAAGCUUGCGCAAAGAUCCCAUCACCGGCUCUUGGCUUGGAGAGCUGCUGGGAAUGGCAUCGGCGCAAGGAUGCCUAUGCAUCCUGACAAGCCAGAUGAUUCUUCAUGUUUAUGACGUGCAUCGCGAAGCUUGUUGCGAAAUCCCACUAGCAGUUGGAAGCACACUGAAGGAUCGUGCAACGUAUGCAGCUGGCAAGUCGCUAGUCUACGUGCCGGAUCCAGCCGGAGGGUAUGUUUGUGCUUACGACGUACGAAACGCAGCACAUCUGAGCAUUCGGCCUGGCGAUGGAUGCGUGGACUGCCUGAGCAUACAGCCCCCAACUAAGCCACCACAGCAUUCCAAUAUCAUUUGCGCGGGCCUGUUGGCAGACCUGCCAGUGGCAAUCUACUACGCCGAGUUCGGGCAUGAGAUUCUGCUCGUUCGUUGCGGCUGUUUCGACCAUGAAUCUCCAGCCGCUGUGAGACUUCCCUUUGAUUGGCGCCUUGGCAGCAAGAGAACCGCGAAGUGCGACGUUGACUCGUACUUCGCAUCCCUGGGCUCAUAUGAUUCAUAUGUAAGCCUCCGCAAAGCAGGCUUGGAACCUUGUGUGGAGCCUCGCUUCUGGUCUCAGCCAAUACCGUUGACUCAGCUGCCUGUCCAACCACAUCGUGCGGGCCUAUCAGAAGAUUUACCAGCCGAUUGUGAGGCCAAUCUGUUCUCUCAUGUCAUGACGACCGAGGACACCCUCUGCAUCUUUGCACUUGGUUUAAAUGUGGACACGUUGAACCAUGCACAUCCUCUCAUGGGCUAUCGGCGCUCAGGUGUGCAUGCCGAAGUACAGGAUAUUCUGCAGGCACCAGACGCGAAUGCGCACGCAAGGCAUGGUACCUCCUGCUGGCAUGGCGCGUCGAAAAGCCUUGUCUCAGCUGCGUGGAUAAGUGACAGCACUGGCCCAGUAUACUCAGUGGAUCACGGUUGUGUGUGGCUUGAGGUAAUUGAUGUUGCAAACGCGCAGAUGCGCCGCAUUGUCCUCGGAAAGAUCCCGGGUAUGGGCUUGGCUUCUAGGUCUCAGCCGGGAUCCGGAACUGAGAACUCGCUGGCAGAGCAGGGCAUGCUCCUGACAAAGCGUGAAAGUCCUCAGACAGAGCAUCGCAAGGUGCAGAUGGAAAUGCCCAGUUGCGUCGCGUGUUGCGAGAUGGACGAUGGGCGUUUGGCACUUCUGUUCGCUGAUUCUCACAUACGCAUCCUGGAGAUUCGCAAAGGGCAACUGGCAGUGCAAGAAGCGCUUUACAGCAGCAUGCUUGGCAAAGCAGGCGUCGAGCCCAAAUCAAGCGCUCGUGGCAUGGAGUCGGAGGAGGACGAUUCUCAGGACACUGAUGCUGACGAUGAUGUGGGAGAGUUUGAAGCGGGGCCGGACGAAGGUGAGGGUGAGGAUGCUGAAGAUUCAGACGGCGAUGAGACAUCAGACUCUGCAUCCGGAGCGGCCGGAGGUUCGAAGGGCAAAGGGGGGAAAGGCCGAGGCAGGCGGGGAAAGCGGGGGAAGCGUGGGCUGCGGGGACGAGGUUCCGGGGGUUCUGGGAGAGGCUCCAAGGGAUUCAAGGGCUCAAGUGGCUCAAGCAGCGUUCGUGAAGCAGGCGCUGGAAAGGUUCUGCAGAAAGCUAGAGAGCGCGCCAUGCUUGCAGUCGGAAGGGAGAAGUUGGAGCUUGAGCUCGCUGACCUCGAUAUCGCAAAGUACGACGAGCUCUUCCGAACUGUUGAGAAAGAAGUGAUGCAACUGCGAGUGAUUCUUCAAGCAGUGGAGGCCAAAGAGAAGGAGAGGACUUGGUUGCGAGGAAAGGUCGUGGGUGAACUGGACGACAACAAGAUUGUGGAUUUUGCCAUCGGCGAGAAGAACGUGUUCAAGCACCGUGGCCAACGUGAAGACCCAUCCAUGACGCAGUCCAUCCCGAAACGCUUGUCUUUUGUGGUGGACGUCAGUGGCUCGAUGGCAAUUUUCAACGGCGACGGUCGGCUUGAUCGGCUUUGUGCCUCCAUGGUGAUGGUGAUGGAGGGUUUGUCUGGUUUGGAGCACAAGUACAUCUAUGAGAUCAUCGGCCACAGUGGCGAGACAGACUGGCUGCCUUUCGUCAAGAUGGGCAAAGCUCCUCGCAAUCGUGCGGAGCGGUUUGCAGUCGUCAAUGCUAUGGCGGACCAUGCCUCAUUUGCCCGCAGUGGCGACAACACGUUGUCAGCUGGCAUCAAGGCCACUGUUGAAAUCGUCAAGGAGAAAGCAGAUGACUACUUUGUUUUCUUAAUCUCCGAUGCUAACCUCCGAGGCUAUGGCAUCUCCCCCCAGGAUCUGGCUACAGCACUCACCAGCGACCGCCGGAUUAAUGCCCAUGCCAUAUUCAUUGCAGAGCCAGAGAUGGCAGAAGAAAUGAGAUUGUCAAUGCCGGCGGGCCACUCUCAUCUCGUGCUGGACACUGAAGACUUGCCACUGCUUUUAAAGAACAUUUUUGCAAAGGCCGUUCUUACGGGUCUUGCUAACGUGCAGCGCGACAUGGCUACGUACGCUUUCUCGCAAGAUGACAAUCACACUUGCCCAGAACAUGAGGAUGAAGUAGAGCUGAAGGUCUCCUGGGGGGACUUGGGCGGAGCCUGCGAAGAGCUCAUCGAGUACGAGGUGGGAUCGUUUGUCUCAGCAGUGCCUUCUUCUGGCAGUAGGACCCCAUUCCGCCGAACAUCUGGAUGGUGCACAUGUUGCCGGAGAAUGCUGUCUUCAGCAAGAGAUUUGCUGGGGAGAGCGCCGGAGGAAGUGGUGACCAUUAUGCGUGGCUAUGUCUGGAAGUUCAACAACGGAGUUGAGCUGUCCUCCAAAAGCCUUAGCAAGUUGACGAACUGGCGCAGGCGGAUCUUUUGUCUGCAGCGCAAGGCCUCCACCACAGUCAUAACAUAUCUCUCCGAGAAAGAGAAUGGCGUCUUGCAGCUAGCUUGCGUUCUCCAGAGUGCUCACGCCCAUAUUUGUCCAUGGCGACAGGCUUGCAAAGUGACGCGGCUGCCAAGUGUCGACUUGGAAGCCCUGGAGUCCAAGAGCCGAGAGGACCUUUGCGACUCAAUGCGGCAGUACGACGUGGCCUUUGCUGGACAGCCUAUGAGUACCAGCUAUGACACGGUCAUCCCUAGUUGUUUGCAGCCUUUAUGCUUCAGACGGGAUUCUUCGGCCCAGAGUUUGAUCCUCGGGGCUCGUCCGGAAAUGAUGAAGGUUUGGGAAAAGGCGCUGCAAGAAGCAGUGCCAGCUCUGAGGCGGCCGUACGUCGAUGGGUACUCACAGCCGGGCGACUGGGAGGACAGGACCGGCGAGGAGAAAGUGUGGUUGGGAGACGAUUCCAUGGUGUGGGUGUGCUCGGCCCAGCGCAUCUGCAUGCUUUGCGUGAACCAGCAUCUGUUUUACAAUGCCAAGAUCUGGCAGGAGGGAAAGCAAGGUCCUCCCCCGAUUUUUUUGUCAAUCGGCGUCCGCCACCCGAAUCAGAUUCAGCUGGACAUCGCGAUCCGAGAACAGGCAACCUUGCAGAAGCUUUUCGAGUUGGUAAGCCAGGAGAUUGGGCGCUUCGAUGCAGGUAAUACUGUCAUUGCAGUAGCACAGGUUCCCAAAGUGGAGCAGGACCCUCACCUCAUACCGUUUUGGCACAAUCGGGUUUGGGUCGAGCUACAGAAGCGCGUGGGCAGCUCUAUGUCGCGUCUUGAGCCACGAGGCCUGUCCAUGCUGGCAUAUGCGCUGGCUAGGAUAAAAGACUGGGAGGACCCAUCCAUGAUUCAAGCUUUGCUAGACAGAUCUUUGCAGAAAAUCGAUGAUUUCGGCCCGACAGAUGCGGCCAAGCUCGCCUGGGUUUUGGCAAAGCUCCAAAUCCGUGAGCGUGGAGAUCUUUGGAUAGCCCUUUCAAAGGAAGCGGCACGCAAGAUCUGUAACUCGGGCAGGUUCAUCGACAUCUCCAUGACUGCUUGGGCAUUUGCAAAAGCUGGCAUGGCAGAGCGGGUGCUUUUCGGGCAGCUUGCUUCCGCAGCCAUGGACUGUAGUGAGCUGCCACCGCACACCAUCGCGAAUCUGUGCUGGGCUUUCGCAAAGUCCAAGAACCACAAUCCGCCUCUUUUUGACAUGCUCGCAAAGCGGGCCAUUGAAGCGUAUUCCUCGUUUGAUCGUCAGAGUGUGUCCAAUCUGGUUUGGGCGUAUGCGACGCUGGACGUUUGCCAUGAAGAGCUCUUUGCUGUUUUUGCAAACUACACCAUCGAUAGCGGCUUAUGGCGGCAAUUCUCACCACAGAUGGCCUCCAACAUGCUGUGGGCCUAUGGCAAGGUAGGCAUUGCCCACAUGCGGCUUUUCGACACCUUCGCUGAGUUCAUUUCUAUCAACAUUGAAAUCUUCGACAACCAGAACAUUGCCAACUCUGCCUGGGCAUAUGCGACGACCCAACUGCCAAGCAAACCGGUCUUUGACACCUUGACACGCAAGGCGUGUGGGCGUCUGAGCAGCUUUCGUCUGGAUGAGCUAUGUGGACUGAUGUGGGCCUAUGUGAGAGCGAAGCCGGAGACAGUAGCUUCCAGUACGAUUUUUGAAGAGUCCGUUCAACUGCUCCAACCUCGGGUCACGACGCUGGACGCACAAAGCGUUGCCAACGUCAUUUGGAUCCUUGCUACUUGCCAGCAGCUUCGAAAGCAACCUGUUCCUGGUUCCCGAGAUCUUGUCGAUAGCUUGAUGGUGGCUUUGUUGGACUUUCGAGUUCGACUAGACUCCGAGGGUGCUGCACAAGUUAUUUGGGCACUUUGGCGCAUGGGCCGAUUCCAUGAUGCGUGGACCCUCUUUGUUCGUACCCUCAGUGACGGCCGUCAUCCAGAGCAUGGCAAGACUGGAUACACCAAGAAGCAUGCCGUCGACGGGCGGCAGCGUUAUUAUCAGACAUUGCUCAUGGAGACCGAGCACCGAGGCGAUGUGCAGAAGCAGGUGUUCUUGUGGAAGCAGAUGGCAGCAGACUUCUAUUCGCGGAAUCUGCGCACAGCAUGCCUAAACUGUGCUUUGAUGGCUUACAUACGUGCUGAAGAUUCGGACGGGGCACGGGACAUGUUACGGCAGAUGGUUCGGACGAAACUCUUCAACCAAGUCACAGCAUCGCUGGCAGCUCGAAUAGGGCACAACAACUUGGAGGGAGAAGUUGAGCCUGCGACGAUCGUUGACAUUACAUUGCGACGACGCCCCACCUGCCAGUCACGCUAUGAAGACUUCCACUACAAGGAAGCCAGCGUGCUGGAAACAGUUGUCAGAGAAGCGACAGCUCGCGAUGUCAAGAGUGUGCACGCAUCAAUCGAGAACGUCGGACUCAAAGAGGUUUGGCUCAAGAUCGCAGGCGGCGAAAAGGCGUGUGUGAUUGAUAAUGUCAUCGCGAAACAACGGCCAAAGCUGAUACUCGAGUUUGGGACCUACGUGGGCUACACGUCCACACGCAUGGCGCUCCAAGUUGAGGGAUGGAACGGCAAGGUCGUUACCAUGGAGAUGGAUCCUGUCAACGCAACUAUAGCGCGGAACCACAUCGAGAUGGCUGGCCUCUCUCACGUCGUGACAGUCCAGCUCGGCCAUUCAGAUGAUGCUGUGCAGUUAGUGCUCGAGAAGUACGGCGAGCGGAGCGUUGACAUGGUGUUCAUGGAUCAGCGGGGGACAGCUUUCCAUGACGACUUGCAGAACUUGGAAAAGAUGAAUAUUCUUGCCGACAAUGCUGUGGUCGUCGCGGACAACGUGUUGAAACCUGGAGCGCCGUAUCACGUGUGGAGAAUUUCAACAUUGCCGCACUAUGCCACUGACAUUGUCGAUCUGCGAGAGUUUGGCUCAGCACCUGUAGAGGAUUGGAUGACGGUUUCCUGGGUACGCCGUGGAGAAAGCUAUGGCCAGCUCCCAGCCGAUGUGCGAGAGCUCAAUGAGCUCGCACGAGAAUCUGACAGGUUCAGGUUGAAGGCCAUGGCAACAUCUAUGAAAGACCUCGUUGGUGAUCCGCUCGACGAGUUCGCAAAGAAGUUUACAAAUGAGUUUGUGAAGCUUGGCAUCAGGACCAGCAUGUACGUGCGGACGGACAUCCUCGAUGGAUGUGCCGUGUCCAAGUUGGUGCAGUUGGGGCCUGGUGAAGCUCCGCCCACCUGGGACGGAGAGGACUCAGCAUCUGCUUCAUUGCACCGUUAA